UGUAAUCCCAGUGCCCAGGAGGGCCAGAGAGAGAGAGAAGUGAGCAGCUGUGCCUUUAAAUGCCAUUUCCUUCUAUUGUAUUUGAAUGGUGAUCAGGAAAAAGGAAAUGAAAGCAGAGGGGCUGAGCUAAAAUAGUCAAUGCUGCAAAGGAGACAGCAAUUGCCUAUAUAAGUGACAGUGACACAGGCUUCUCUCUCAGACCUUCCUUCUUGGCCAGAGGACUCAGGCAGCUGCCAGGAAUACAGAUGUGGCAGCACGGUGAUGGAGAGCGGGCAGUUGGCAUCUGACGUUGGGGGUAGAUCUGCAACAGAGAGGAUAGCAUUGCAUGGACCUGCGUUUGUAUGAAUUAGCCAGGACCUACAAGAGCCAAGACAACACAACUGUACAGAGGACAAUACACAGGAGCAAGCAAAUGUCAGCACCCAUCGAGAGGAAGAGCCUGGACCCUGCAGAUGAGCCAGUGGACGAGGUUCUGCAGAUUCCACCCUCACUACUAACAUGUGGGGGCUGCCAACAAAACAUUGGGGACCGCUACUUCUUAAAGGCCAUAGAUCAAUAUUGGCACGAGGACUGCCUGAGCUGCGACUUGUGUGGCUGCCGCUUAGGAGAGGUCGGGAGGAGACUCUACUACAAACUGGGGCGCAAGCUGUGCCGAAGAGAUUAUCUCAGACUUUUUGGUCAGGAUGGUCUUUGUGCAUCCUGCGACAAGCGGAUCAGGGCGUACGAGAUGACCAUGCGGGUGAAGGACAAAGUCUAUCAUCUGGAGUGCUUCAAGUGUGCAGCAUGUCAGAAGCACUUCUGUGUGGGUGACCGCUACCUUCUUAUAAACUCAGACAUUGUCUGUGAGCAGGACAUUUAUGAAUGGACAAAACUUAAUGGAAUGAUGUAGCUAUGGGACAAUGCCCCAGGAGUUUCCUGGAAUGGACCUAAAUGACUCUAAAGUAUCAAGCGAUGGACUUACACUGUAGCAAUAACAACUGACAGUGCAUUAUCUCUUCAACAGAAGAAUUGGUGACAGACUGGGCAUCUACAUUGGAAUCAGCUGGCAGACACAUCUAUGGGUUCUAAGGCUCCUAAUCAUCAGCUACUCCUACCAACCAAUAAUGGUGCUUUUGGAUUUACACAAUUAUUACUGACAUGAGUACUGGGCCCUUCUAAAUAUAGAUCUACUGCCAGCAACUGAAGAUCUAUAUGUGGGACCGUGGAUCCUUCCUGAAGUCUCCAAAGCCAUGUCCUAAUUUGAUCCAUAUUUGGGCAAAAUUGCUCCUCCCAUGUUGAAAAGACCUGACCCGAAACCAGGGUUGGCUUGUAAAGAUAGGGUCAUGUGAAUGUUUACCUGCUGACUUACAGACUAAGGGCUGGAUUCAGAUACAAUGGUGUAUCUAUCCGCCCGGCGUAACGUAUCUCAGAUACGUUACGCCGCCGUAAU